GUGACGCGGGUAUGAGCCUGGCCCGCCGCCCGCCGAGCAAGCGCCCCGGGCCCGGGCCUUGGCGCCCAGGUACCGGUCUAUGCACUGGAUGGAGCUAUUAACUAGACAGACGAGGCACCGAUGUUCUAGAGUGUUCUAGGAGACAAAGAGCGGCGAAGUACCAAAUGGAGAGAUGAAGGAACAAGACAGUCCAAUGGUGAGCAGGCGCUGGGCAGAGGAGCUGCUAGAACAAUGCUGAGGCGGGCGAGGUGAGGAGCGGCCCUCGCGGCCCCUGACGAGGAGUGUCUCGAACAGGUGAUAGGAGGACCCGGAAACCGAGGCCACCUGGGCAUCCCUCCCUGCCAGGCCCGGCACCCCAGAGACCGCGGGGAAACCAUGGCGACCAAUUUCAACGACAUCGUCAAGCAAGGCUACGUGAAGAUGAAGAGCAGGAAGCUCGGGAUCUACCGGAGGUGCUGGCUGGUGUUCCGGAAAUCAUCCAGCAAAGGGCCCCAGCGGCUGGAGAAGUACCCAGAUGAGAAGUCAGUGUGCCUCCGAGGCUGCCCCAAGGUAACGGAGAUCAGCAACGUCAAGUGUGUCACACGGCUCCCCAAGGAGACCAAGAGGCAGGCGGUGGCCAUCAUAUUCACCGAUGACUCCGCACGCACCUUCACCUGUGACUCUGAGCUGGAGGCGGAGGAAUGGUACAAGACCCUGUCUGUGGAGUGUCUGGGGUCCCGACUCAACGACAUCAGCCUGGGAGAGCCAGACCUCCUGGCCCCAGGAGUGCAGUGUGAGCAGACAGACCGCUUCAACGUCUUCCUGUUGCCCUGCCCCAACCUGGACGUGUACGGCGAGUGCAAGCUGCAGAUCACCCACGAGAACAUCUACCUCUGGGACAUACACAACCCCCGCGCGAAGCUCGUCUCGUGGCCCCUCUGCUCAUUACGUCGCUAUGGCCGGGACGCCACACGCUUCACCUUUGAGGCUGGCCGGAUGUGUGAUGCCGGGGAAGGGCUCUACACCUUCCAGACACAGGAAGGGGAACAGAUCUACCAGCGGGUCCACAGCGCCACCUUGGCCAUUGCUGAGCAACACAAGCGUGUCCUGCUGGAGAUGGAGAAGAACGUGAGGCUGCUGAACAAGGGCACGGAACAUUACUCCUACCCCUGCACGCCCACGACCAUGCUGCCCCGCAGUGCCUACUGGCACCACAUCACGGGUUCCCAGAACAUCGCCGAGGCGUCCAGCUACACCGGUGAGUCCCAGCAGCGCCCCAUACUCACCUGCCACGUGGUUCGAUGGCAGACAAGGCCUUCUGGGCAGGGGUCCUUGGACCUGCAUCUGAGGCCUGAGCCCACCUCUGUGUCCACAGGUGAGGGCUACGAGGCAGCCCAGGCCAGCUCAGAAACAGACCUCCUCAACCACUUCAUCCUGCUCAAGCCAAAGCCCAGCCAGGGGGACAGCAGCGAGGCCAAGACCCCAGCCCAGUGACCGCAGGGCGGGCGCACACCGACGACUGCCGGGGCGGCUGCAGACGGCCUCGAGGGGCUGUGGCCGAGAGCCUGGAGCAACAGGGCAAGUGAUCCCUUCCUUGCCCCCGAGGGUGAGGCUGGACCACGGCCCAGGGCUGGCCACUCCACCGAGCAUGUGUGAGGGGCUGGAGCUACUGUGGGACUAUAUACUGUUAAUGAUUUUAAUAUAUAUGGCUUAUGACAUAUUCUAUAUUAAUGAGAUUUCCCCCAUCCCUCCCAGUACCACAUACACAUUUUUGAAUCCCAGGACCGGGUCACAGAGCUGCUUCUGAAUGUGAGGGCAGCCGUUCCCUGUCCUCCAGGGCACAGCCCUCCCGCUACCAGGACUUGCUUGAGUGGCCAUGGCCAGAGGAAGGAGACUGAGCUCCAGGCUGGCGCUGUGACCGCUGGCUUUCCCCAGGCAGCCUAGGGGCUGCAACAGCAGGUGGCACAGGAAGGAUCGGAGCUUCCACUGUGCCACUUGGCAGCCUUGCACUUGGGAGUUUUAAGCAGAGGUGACAUCUGGUUGACACCUCAGUGAAAAUUUGGUUCUAAAAUGUAAUUACUGCCCAGGCUCCUUCCUGCUUAGUAGGCUGAGAAGACAGCCCCGGAGUGGGGGUGCUGGUUACCUCCACCAGGAGGGCCCGUCCGAGCUCUUCCCUGCCCCAGGGCCAGGCUGUGGGGAGCACCCCUCCUGCACCCUCACUGGGGGUAGGCGACGUCCCAGCAGAGGGAGCCCCUCUGCCCUGUGCGGCCACCCUGUGGCCAGCCAAAAGCACUCAGAAACCAAGCCCUUCCCAUUUCCUCGUCCCCACAUGGUGCUGAGGCUCCCUGCUGAAAUGCAAUUAAAGCAAUUGAUUUUCUAGUGCUGGUAUUUAUUGACUACCUUGCAGAAGGGCUAUCUUUCUAAUUCCCAUCAAAACCUUGGUUGCGUGUGUUUUUUUUUUUCCUUUUUAAUACUUUCGGGUUCUGAUGUGUGGGAACAAACCCCGUUGUAAAUAACCACUAUUCACGCUGUGGCAGAAUGAUCCAGCAAGAGGCCCCUCCAGGAGAGCCCUGGAGCCAGAGAAGGGCCACGGCCAGCUCAGCGCCCAAGGCCUGGGAGAGGGAGGCAGGGCUGGCUGGCUUCAGUUAGUGGCACGAUGACGCAUGAAGGAGUUUAUGUUGUGCUCUUUAUUGCCAAAAAUAAAAACUUUUAAAAAGACAA